CACCUGCGGCGCCGGCGGGGCCUGGUCUCCAGCCCCUUCACCUUGGUCACCUACGGCAAGGAUGGGGCCCGCUGGGAGGAGCACCCCUUUGUGCAGGACCACUGCUUCUACCAGGGUGAGGUGCAGGGGAGCCCCAACUCCCUGGUGGCCCUCAGCACCUGCGGCAGGGGCCUUCGCGGUGUGCUCUGGGUGGAGGAUGGCACCUACGAGAUCGAGCCUGUCCCCGAUGAUCCGGCCUUCAGGCACAUCCUCUACCACAUGGAGGAGGCCAACAACUCCAUGGGCCCCACCUGCGGGCUGACCCCAGAGGAGCUGGAGCACCAAAAGGCUGUGCUGCCCUGGUUGAAGGCCCCCCAGGUGGAGGAGGAAGAGGAGCAGAGGGUGGAGGAGUGGUGGACGCACGUCAGAUACGUGAAGAUAGUAGUGGUCGUGGAUAACGUGCGAUUUGUGAAGUCGGGCAGGAACGAAUCUGAAGUCUUGAGGCGAGUCAUGGAAGUCAUCAACGCUGGGGACUCUCUGUACGAACAGCUUUCUGUUCGGCUGUUUCUUGUGGGAUUGGAGAUUUGGACCAAAAGCAACCUUAUAAACAUUACUAGUGCUAUCAACAAGGUACUUCAUGACUUCAACAAGUGGCGAAAGUCAGACCUGUCUCCACGGAUCCGCCAUGAUGUCUCUCAGUUGUUGGCAUUUCAGAGCUUUGGAAAGAGCCUGGGAUUGGCGUAUGUAGGGUCCAUAUGUGAUAACCAGUGGUCAUCAGCAGUUGGUUCCUUCACUGAUAGGAAGUUGUCCUCAUUUGUUACCACGUUUGUCCAUGAGCUGGGCCAUACUCUUGGGAUGAACCAUGAUAGACCAGGCUGUCACUGCAAACGAAAGAAAUGCAUUAUGUAUGAAAGCGAUGCCGACACCGAUGCAUUCAGUGACUGCAGUUACAAAGACUACUUUGACAUGCUUGGGCAUGGUGCCGGCUGCAUUCGUCGACCACCAGCACCCGGGACUUACUAUACCAUGAAGCGUGAAUACUGUGGGAAUAAGAUAGUAGAACAUGGGGAGCAAUGUGACUGUGGGUCAGUCUGCAGAAGGGAUCCUUGUUGUAACCCAAACUGUACGUUUACUGCAAAUUCAGUUUGUGCUUCUGGAAAAUGCUGCAAGAGAUGUCAGGUCCUUCCAGCAGGAACGCUCUGCAGAGCAAGUACUGGCAACUGUGACCUGCCAGAAUAUUGCAACGGGACCUCCCCUUGGUGCCCACCAGAUUUGUACACACAAGAUGGAACCCCUUGCGAAGAUGGUGCUUACUGCUAUCGAGGAAAAUGUUCUUCUCAUACUAAACAGUGCCAGCAUCUCUUUGGCAGCCAAGCCAGGGCCGCUCCUUUAGAUUGCUUCAAAGCAGUGAAUACGCGAGGGGACCGGUUUGGGAAUUGCGGUAUUCGUGACAAUAUCCAUUUUAUAAAAUGCAGUAUUGAGAAUGUCUUAUGUGGUAGGAUCCAGUGUGAAAACAUUAAAAAAUUGCCUUUCUUGCAGAACCACGUAACAGUCAUCCAAACUCCUGUUGGAGAUAAAAAGUGUUGGGGUCUUGACUAUCACGUAGGGAUCCCUAUAGCUGACGUGGGGGCUGUGGAAGAUGGCACACCAUGCGGUACUGAUAUGCUUUGUAUCAACAGGACAUGUACCAGCAUAUCAGUGCUGAAGUAUGACUGUAAUAUGACAAAGUGUCAUGACAGAGGAGUGUGUAACAAUCGUAAGAACUGUCACUGCAGGUAUGGCUGGGCUCCUCCGUACUGUGAAAGGGCAGGAUUCGGAGGGAGCAUUGACAGUGGACCCCCUUCAGUCAGGGAGAUUUUUGAAAGAGCGAGAAUAGGAAUAAUACUAUUUGCUCUUCUUUUUCUCUGUAUCCUUGGAGGAGCCAUUACCAUACGUUAUAAACAGGAAAUAAUGGAAUGGCUUAGGAGGAAAAAGGCCCAAUUCCCCAGAAAAGAUAGGGGUUGUUUCAAAUACUGGAAACACCAGCGGUUCCUAAGAACGCCUGCUGGUAAGUCAAAAUUCACCACAAAGCACUUGCCGAAGACCAACAAGCAGUAG